UUGGAAAUGGCGUCGUCGAAAGCGCAGGUGGAGAAGGCGCAGCUGCGGCAGACCUACCGGAACGAAUGGCACUCCGAUCUCAUCUCCACAAUAACUGCUGAUGCACCAUAUUGCUGUUUUACGGUUUUCUGUCCACAAUGUGCAUCAUACAUGCUUCGAAAGCGAGCUCUUUACGAUGAUAUGUCGAGGUAUGUUUGCUGUGGUGGUUAUAUGCCCUGCAGUGGUCGUUGCGGAGAAAGCAAAUGCCCUGAGUUCUGCCUUUGUACUGAGGUCUUCUGUUGCUUUGCAAAUUCUGUGGUAUCAACUCGUUUCCUUCUGCAAGAUCAGUUUAAUAUACACACGACGGAAUGUGAUAACUGCAUCAUUGGUUUCAUGGUUUGUCUUCAACAACUCGCCUGCAUAUGUUCCCUUAUCGCAAUGGUUGCUGGUAGUGAGGAGAUAUCAGAGGCCUCUCAGUUGCUCAAUUGCAUUUCUGAUUGGGUCUAUUGCACGUGA